AUGAACUAUCUCAAGUUCGAGGUUUUCCCAUUCUCAGCAGAUUUCAAUCUAUCGGAUGAAUUCCUUCGCCUCGCGAUCGUCCAGGUCGAUCCAUUCAUAGACAAGAAGCGGAUUCAAAACUCCGUGAAGAUGUACGGGGCGCUCUCGCAGGCAGCGUCUGCGAUUCAAGCCAUGACCAAGCACAGAUUAGCCGUCGUUUCCGUUGAUGACGUUCCUUUCGGAAUAAAAUUGGAAAACGGAACCUUCCUAGGAAUCAUGGGAAUGUUCCAGCGAGGAGAAAUCGACGUCUUCAUGGGUCCUGCUCUGCAAAAUAACGACCGUUUCCCGAUCGUGGAAUCUUCGGUCCUCUCCGUCUCCACAUACAAUCUUUUGACGUGGUCCCCUGGAAAGAUGAUAGAUCCCUUCAACUUCGUGUCAGCCUUCGAUGCAGAAGUUUGGGCUUCCCUGAUGAUCACUUCCUUGCUGCUCGUGCUCUUCAGCUGGGUCGUUGACAGGUACAUGACGCCUUGGAGGACGGAGCCUCAACUGUCCUUGUCGUUCUACAUGUGGGAGUUUUUCACGUACUUCUUUCCUGAAUGCUCGAACGCACAACGAGCGAGCUGGUUCAGAAUGUGUCAGAUAGCUUUUUGGAUCGCUUUCUCUACUCUCUUCAUGAUAAACCUGAGCAGCGCUCUCACCUCAGCAAUGACGAUCAAGGACGCAGGAGAUACUGUGACGGAGUACGCCGACAUCCUUCGAUUUCCUAGAGCUCAGAUUUUCGCUGAAGCACAAUCGUGGCUGACGCAGAUCUUCACGCACCCUCAGAAUGAGCUCUAUCGGAAACUUAGUUCAAGACUGAGUCCUGUCCGCGGACUUCUGAGGAACAGAAGUAGGGCACACCAGGCUGUUGUCGCAACAGAAGCCAAGCAAGGAGUGAUCGUUGCGAGUCCGACACUGUGUAAAGCUCUCAUCCUGAACGAAAAAAUGGCAACGGGGAGGGUGUUGAUAUCAUCAGAAGCGUUCCUCCUCCAACAACACAUCAAGUGGACUCUCAGAGACGUGGAAGAAUGCCUCCGACAUUCGAAUGCAGAGGAUUGGCAGAAAAUAGAGUCGCUUUCAAUGACCGAUACACAAGGAUGUUUUUUCUUGUGGUCGAUAGGCUUAUCCGCGGCGACGGCGGUGUUCGCCAUCGAGAAAAUCUCGAAGCAAUCGGAGUGA